UUCAAUCUCCUUUUCUAACAUCUUCUCUUAUCGCCAUGUCGGAAACCGCUCCAGCUGAGACGGCCACCCCGGCUCCAGUAGAGAAAUCCCCCGCCAAAAAGAAAAGUAAGAAGUCUGCCGGCGCAGGCGCAGCUAAGCGCAAGGCGACCGGGCCCCCAGUCUCCGAGCUGAUCACUAAGGCUGUGGCCGCUUCCAAAGAGCGCAAUGGCCUCUCUUUGGCCGCUCUGAAGAAAGCGCUAGCGGCUGGUGGCUACGACGUGGAGAAGAACAACAGCCGCAUUAAACUUGGCCUCAAGAGCCUGGUGAGCAAGGGCACCCUGGUGCAGACCAAGGGCACCGGCGCCUCGGGCUCCUUCAAGCUCAACAAGAAGGCGGCCUCCGGGGAAGCCAAGCCCAAAGCCAAGAAGGUGGGCGCAGCAAAAGCGAAGAAGCCCGCUGGGGCCACUCCUAAGAAGCCCAAGAAGGCUGCAGGAGCGAAGAAGGCAGUGAAGAAGACGCCGAAGAAAGCCAAGAAGCCCGCGGCGGCUGGCGUUAAGAAAGUGGCCAAGAGCCCUAAGAAGGCAAAAUCCGCGGCGAAACCCAAGAAGUCGGCAAAGAGUCCCGCCAAGCCCAAGGCAGUGAAGCCGAAAGCGGCCAAACCCAAAGCCGCCAAGCCGAAGGCAGCAAAGCCCAAAGCUGCGAAGGCGAAGAAGGCGGCUCCCAAAAAGAAGUAGGAAGUUGGCGUGUUCCAUAGCAACAAAGCCCCAAAGGCUCUUUUCAGAGCCACCCAGAGACCUCUAAAAAAGACAAGCUGUGCACUGAGAAGCCUAACUAUAUACCUCAUCUCCCGCUAUUGCAAUACUGGUAGGUUUUUUACUUGAAUAUAGUCUCCAGCUGCCUCACUCCGGUUUUGGGAGCUUUGUGUGAUUCCCUGCAGUCAUCAUCAUUAGUUUUGUUUGUUGGCGGGUGUGAAUUUA